CUGUGUUUUCAUCCAUGUUGAUGGUGGUGGUGGUGGUAGUAGUAGUAGUAGUAGUGUGGUCCUAAACAAAUAUCACACUUCCUCAACACUUUGUCCAAUAUUGAAACGCAAAGACACACACAUGAGACCCAGUUCUGUUCUUCUACAGAUUUCGAAGACUGCUAAAGCCAUCAAGCAGCAACCUUUGGUUGUUGUAUCGUCCAUUGGUAACCCUGAGCCCCAAUACUUACACACACGUCACAGCAUUGGACAUGAAGUACUGAACGAGUUGAUUCCAAGAAACAAGUUCUCUUCAAGCCCAUGGCCCAAUUGUAAUAUGUAUAGAGGCUCUUCGUCCGAAGACGCCAUCUUUCUACAAACCACGGGUUAUAUGAACCUUUCUGGUCAAUAUCUACGUAAGCCGUGGUUAUCGAUUCGGAAAGAGUUCCCAGAUCGUGAAGUUCGGUUUGUUGUGCUCUACGAUGAGAUGGACAAACCCCUGGGGAAAUAUCAGCUGAGGUACGGCAAAGUCUCAUCCAGAGGUCAUAACGGGCUGAAGGACAUAGUCAACAAGUAUGGGAAUGGCUUCUAUAGACUCGGCGUCGGUAUUGGUCGUCCCGAGUCGAGGAAACCAGACGACGUUGUAAACUACGUCCUUUCGAAGAUUCCACGCAAAGACUGGGAAAUAAUCAAGACCAGUGUCAUCCCAGACGUCUUGGAGAUCAUCAGAGGGCUACGUAAGUGACAGAAACAGCAAAAACAACCCCGUCCCACCGUGUGUACAUAGAAUACGAACACUGGUAAUUAUAAUACUUGUCUAAUAACAUUGUUUAUACAUGUUUCUCUUUCUAUGCCUAGAACACCACAGUCC